AUGCAGGAUAAGAUUUUGUUCACAGUUCCCAUACCGCGACUGAACGCGCAUGUUGGUGGCAGCAUAACAUGCACUGAGCCUUCGCCACAAGUAUACCUGCUGUCCUUCAGCUCGCCGCCGGACAACAGGCUCACGCCGGCGUUCUGUGCCGCGCUGCUGAGCGCCCUCGACAUCAUCGAGGCCAGCUACCCCACUGGUGUCGUGGUGACUACGUCCUCCAUCACCAAAUUCUACUCCAAUGGGCUGGACCUUGACCUCGCCAUCAAGACCGAGGGCUUCACCGAGGACUCGCUGUACCCGCUCUUCCGGCGGUUCUUGACGUACCCCAUGCCCACGGUUGCACUCCUCAACGGCCACGCAUUCGCUGGUGGCUUUAUGCUCGCCAUGCACCACGACUACCGUGUCUUCAGCGGGAACAGGGGCUACAUGUGCAUCAAUGAGCUGGAGUUUGGCGCGCCGCUGCUGCCGCCCAUGUCCGGGAUCUUCCGGGCCAAGUGCAGGCCGGACGUGUACAGGACAAUGGUUCUUGAGGCGAAGCGCUGGGACGCCAAGGCGGCCUUGGAGGCUGGCAUCAUUGACCGAACGGACGGGCUCGAAGGCGUGAUGGCUUUGGUACAGGAGAAAACGCUGACCACCAAGGGCAAGACGGGCAUCUACGGCAUGUUGAAGGCGGAGAUGUACCGGGAGCAGGUCGCCUUGCUGAGUGCGACAGGUAAAGACGUCGUCAAGUUUGGAGACGUCAUGACGCCCGAGAAGAAGAGGAAAGCCGAGCUGAAGGACAGGGUAGCGAGGGCAAAGAUUUGA